AUGGCAACCACGCGCUUCUCAGGGCCAAAUGCCUCGCUGAAGAUCACACCCUCCAAUUCUCCUGUGCUACGACCGGGAACCCGAUCGCCUAGCAAGUCGUCACACCAAUCCUCGUUAUCGCUUCAGACGGUCCUGGGGACUACCACCACAACCCCGAAUGGCUUCUCGAGCCACGACCAGAGCAAGCGCUUUGCUCUAUGCGCCGGCUCGGCCGCGGUGCUCGCCGAGCUCGACGACGAUGCCAACAUUAGCCAGCGCUUCUUCCGAGCUCGCCCCUCGGCUACCAGCGUGAACCCGACCACGUCCUUCUACAAUCAUUCUACCCCGCCAGCGACACCUGAUCCCAAAUCUCGCUCUCUUUCACAUAUUCGCUCUAAUCCACACCUCAAUCUCCCUGCGUCGCCCUCAGGUGAAACUUCCGAUAGCGGAAGCCCACGCGCAUGGUCGUCAAGAGAAAGAAUCAAGGCUGUCACCAGCGUGUCCAUUAGCCCGAAUGGAAGGUUUCUCGCGGUGGGAGAGACCGGUUACAACCCCCGCGUAUUGAUCUUUUCAACUGCCCGAGACGCUUUACCCGAUGUUCCUCUUUCGAUUCUAAAUGACCAUACAUUUGGUGUCCGCAGCCUUGCCUUCAGCCCUGAUUCGCAGUACUUGGCAACCCUCGGCAAUGUGAACGAUGGAUUCCUCUUCAUCUGGUCAAUCAAUCUCAAGAAUGGCUCGGCCAGGCUACAUUCAGCGAACAAAUGUACAUCCUCGGUCCGCGAUAUGUGCUGGCUGGGUCAAUCCUUAGUUACAACCGGCGUGCGCCAUGUCAAGGUGUGGAGGCUUCCUACCAAUCGACCAGUCUCUCCUACCAAAUCUCGCUUGGUCGUGGAAGGCGGAGGCCCUUCGCCAAAUCCAGCUCCAAAAGCACUAUCGGGAAGAAACUGCCUGCUCGGGCCACUGGGCGAUAGUACUUUUAGCUGCGUGGGUAGCAUCUCUGACCAGGAGGCUGUGGUUGGCACAGAGUUGGGUGCUGUUUGCCUAAUCGAUGAUCGGGAAGGAUCUCAAAAAAUGACCACAGUGGCGCAACUUGGGCUCAGCGUGACCUCGUUGGCAGUUGACUUUGAUCGCGAGUGCGUCUGGCUGGGCGGGCGUGGCAGGAGGAUGCAGCGAUUGUCUUUCGAGGCUAUUCGAUCACCCCCCAUGUCGCCAGGCCGGGUGGAGAAAGGCGCAGUGGACAAGAAAAACAAAUCGCCUCCCAUUACUUGUAUGGGCUCUCUUUCUUCCCAUUUGGUCACAGUGGACAUGACCCGUGAAAUUCGUAUUUGCCCAAUGGACGCUUUACGGGAAGAAGGCGAGCAAGAACAGGACCCGGGGAGAACUCCAUGCCGGCUCAUCGAGACCCUGUGCUUGGAAUUCGUCGUCUGA